CGUUAAUAUUCUUGCGUUAUUGUGCUAAUUUAACUGAUUCUCAAUCAAUUGUUGGAAAGAUUGAAGCGUCUCAUUGCUCAUACGGUUUGGAUUUACAUGAUAUCCAAGUUGCUAUGUCUGCAUCUUCUUCCAUACCUGAUCCUGUGGUACUUUUUAUUUCAAGUAUAAAGCCUACGUACUUGUAGGCUUGCAAGUUACAGGGGGGAUAGGGAUGUUUGUAAUUUGUUUAAUAUUUGACCAAGACUUUGGGAAUGGCUGUUCAGAUUUAUUUUCUUAGAACAUUAUUUCAUUUUUCCAAUCGUGAAGUCAUAUGAUUUUGUUUUAUGGAAAAUGAUUAUGUACUCGUAUGUUUCAAGAUUGCCCGGUACCUCCUACGUUGAUGUUGAUGCACAGCUUAAUGGGGGCAUUCCAUGAAAUAUUGCUUUGAGUUGAAAUUCUGCAUGCUAAUCACUAAUAUUUGACUUUUUUGCUUUACACCUUCAAGUGGACAGGAAUUGGUAGUUCCGUUGCCUACGUUUGGUAUGCUUUUGACAUUUGCUGUUCUGAGUUUUCUAUUCUGAUUUUCAACUACCGUUGUUGUUUGUACACCUUAGGCUUGGUUGCUGUCAUGCUAAUGCCAAAGAAUUGCUGAUGUUGUCAUAAAUCUGAUGGUUGACUCAGUUUGGAUCUAACAUUGACAGACAUGUGACCUUUGGAAAAAUCAGUUUUCGAUUCUUUCUAAAUAAUUGGAUAAGUGUCUAGCAUGCAUAUAUGGAGUAAAUUAUAGAGUUGUCAGAGUGAUAUAAGGAUGCAUGCUCUUCCUAAGAAUUUAAAACAACUCAGUUUCUUCCCGUCAUAUGGGAAGUGAGCAGGUGAUGGGUGCCGUUGGGUGUCCUUUUGUUGCUCGAUUGUGACAUUUGCUUCUUCAUGUGAUAAAAGAUGGAGCACACAAAGGUUAUACUUAACAAUGUAUGAGACGGAAAAGUCGUUCUAUCUCCCCUAAGCGUCGUAGAAGUCGUUCUCCAACUCCAAGACGUCGUAAAAGUCGCUCUCCAACUCCAAGACGUCGUAAAAGUCGUUCUCCAACUCCAAGACGUCGUAAAAGUCGGUCUCCAGUCUUGAAGCGUUAUAAGAGACAAAGAAGUAGGAGCUCCUCAUUGUCUCCUAUUCGUAAAUCUUCUACUUCAAGUCUUGGAUUGUUGGAGCAGAAAAAUGCCAGCGAGAAAUUGAGAAAGGAAGAAGAAGAAGAGAAGAAAAGGCGGCAACAGGAAGCAGAAUUGAAACUGCUAGAAGAAGAGACUUCAAAGAGAGUGGAAGAAGCAAUACGUACGAAAGUUGAAGAGAGCUUGAACUCUGUGGAGAUUAAAGUGGAAAUACAGAGGCAGUUGGAGGAGGGACGGAAGAAGCUUCUUACUGAAGUUGCAGCACUACUUGAGAAAGAAAAGGAAGCAGCUCUUAUUGAGGCUAGAAAUAAGGAGGAACAAGCUCGAAAAGAGAAAGAAGAAUUGGAAGGGAUGCUUGAAGAGAACCGGAGGAGAGUAGAAGAAGCUCAAAGAAGGGAAGCUUUGGAGCAGCAGCGGAGGGAGGAGGAGCGGUACAGGGAGCUAGAAGAGCUCCAGAGACAAAAAGAAGAGGCAUUGCGAAGGAAGAAACAAGAGGAGGAGGAGGCACGGGUGAACCAAAUGAAAUUGUUGGGUAAGAACAAAUCCCGGCCAAAAUUGUCGUUUGCAAUUGGUUCCAAAUAGAUUCUUUAUGGAACAUGGCUUCGUUCCGAUCAAUAUGUCUUGACUUGGUUGCACGUUUGUACCUGUAAUGUAAGAAUAUUUGGUAAAUACAGUUUUUGGUGUUAUAAUGUAAUCAGUUCUCAA